CCGCUCUGGGUGUUUUGGUACUGCCAAGUCACCCCCUUCGCACCGGGGACCUUCCCACCGGGGGCUCGCUGCACUUUCACUUCCCCCAGGUGCCCAGCCCCUGCCCCAGCUCAGGAGCACCUUGGUCUUCAAACUGGUUGCCAAGAGCACAUCGCAGACUCGGAGAGAAGGGCCAUGACCAGUGAUGGGAAGGAGAAGAUGUCGGCCCAGGCCAGCUGCCUCAGCUUCAUCAAGUACCUCCUGUUCGUUUUCAACCUCUUCUUCUUCGUCCUAGGCAGCCUUAUUUUCUGCUUCGGCAUCUGGAUACUCAUUGAUAAGACCAGCUUCGUGUCCUUUGUGGGCUUGUCCUUCGUGCCCUUGCAGAUCUGGUCCAAGGCCCUGGCCAUCUCAGGAAUCCUCACCAUGGGCCUUGCCCUCCUGGGCUGUGUGGGGGCCCUGAAGGAGUUCCGCUGCCUGCUGGGCCUGUAUUUUGGGGCACUGCUGCUCCUGUUUGCCACGCAGAUCACCCUGGGAAUCCUCAUCUCCACGCAGCGAGUCCAGCUGGUGCGGAAAGUGAAGGACAUCGUGCUGAAGACCAUCCAGAACUACCGCGUCCACCCAGAGGAGACAGCGGCCGAGGAGAGUUGGGACUACGUGCAGUUUCAGCUGCGCUGCUGCGGCUGGAACUCUCCUCGGGAUUGGUUCCGUAUCCCCACCCUGAGGAGCAACGAGUCGGACGUGCACCUCGUGCCCUGCUCCUGCUAUAACUCAUCCGCGACCAACGACUCUGCAAUCUUCGAUACGUUCUACUUGUCCCAGUUCAGCCGGCCCAGACCACAGGCGCAGUCCGGACACAAUGCAGACAUUUGCGUGGUCCCUGCAAACAGCCACAUCUACAGAGAGGGCUGCGAGGGGAGCCUCAACAACUGGUUGCACAACAACCUCAUCUCUAUAGUGGGCAUUUGUCUCGGCGUCGGUCUACUCGAGGUGAGUGCGGCGGGGCUGAGCUUUCUAGUACCUCGCAGCAUGUUCCACCGGGAACCCCAGCCGCAGGUCCCUUGUGCCUACUGUUCGAGCCCCAGGCCCGGCCCAAACACUGAUGGCUGCUGCGGGCGCUGCGGUGUGCUGAGCAGCAGCGGGCGUAGCUGCAGCCUGUGGGGUGGCUGGGGCCUGGCGGGUGCCUGCCCCAACUGGGGAGACAGGGCCCCGCAGGGCAAGCUGCCCAUGACUCUGGGGCCCUGGCCGCUUUGGGAUCAAGACGAGGAACAUCUUGAGACCGGGAGUACAGGCGCGGAGGUGGUAGCCGAGGUGGAAUUUGAGGCCAAGAUGGAGAGGGAGAUAGAUGAGCCUCCGGAAUAAAAGCCCCUGGGCGUGCUCCGAAUCUCACUCCUUCUCAGACUCUAGACCUGCGCUAGACGCAGCUGAGUUCCCCCUACCCUACUCCCCUUCCUGCUUCAACUCUGCUCCCAGUCCUCCCGGCCCGCCCGCCGUCUCUGAUGUCCUGCCCAAUGACCUCUUGCCCUUUUACUCUUAAUUCCAUCCCACGCUCCACUGCUAUUAUCUUCCCUGACCCGGACUUCCACAACCAGGCCCAGUUCUCCCUCUGGUCCCGCCCAUCUUCUACCUACUCCCUUCUCCACCGCUCCAGGGAUGCAGCCCCAGUUUUCUUCCUCCGGCCCCACCCCGUUUCCUCCCCCAAUAUGCCGCCCCACUUCCCCCUGCACCCACUCGACCUCUCUGACCAAGUCUCCUUUCUCUAUAGCUCAGCUUCAUGACGCUGUCCAUGUUCCUGUGCAGAAACCUGGACCAUGUCUACGACCGGCUUGCUCGGUACCGCUAGGCCCCACCCUUCCCGAAGCCCCGCCCUGACCCCCUCAAGUGCCUGGGCCUUUAGUUCCCUGGAGCCAGUAAAUAUUAGUUUAAUCCCCACUUCGCCCCAGCCACUGGGCCCUUCUGCCUCCUCAUUCCCCCACCCCCAUCCCCAGCCCAGAUGUCUGCCAGACCCGCGGCAGUCGGCAGUCAGCUCUCCCGCGGGGCCUGGGGUUUCCGGCCACCAGCUUCCUGCCCCUAAAGAUACCCCAUUUCCUUGCUUCAUGUAUCAGCUUACCAUCUCCCACGAGAUUUUUUUUCGCCCAAACCCCAAAUAAAUCCCCUGCGUUUUGGUAAAA